GUUUCCACCACUACACCCGCCUCAGACUCAGCGGAGUGGGCUCGUCCCUGAGGCGCAGGUAGAGGGAAAUCGUUGCGGUCAGGUCUUGGAGCAGGUCAACGAGAUGCGUUAAAGUCUUGCACCGAGGGCUGUGGGUAACUCUUGGCCUGACACAGAAGCCGUCUCGGCAGCUGCUCCUGGGAGGGAACACCGGGUCGUUAUCUGGCGUCUUGUUAGCCGCUUACAGUGAGCCGCGUGCGCUGCCGUAGACCCGGAUGGACUCCGACCAAAUCACCGGGGUGUACGCAAAGGUCAGCGGCCUCCCCGCGCCUCUUUCCGCUCAUGUGAGCGAGGAGCAGCUCCCGGAGGUCCGGCUCUACACCGUGACAGCAGAGUGGAUUCAGAGCGACCUGGUCCAAAGCUCCAGACUUCGCUACUCGCAGCAGUGGACUCUGAUCGCUGACAGCAACAACCACAGGAGCAUCAGGACCGUCCUCCCACCUGGACCGUGCACACCCGUGUCUGGAGAGUUGUUGAGCGAGCUCUCGCCUAUUCAUGGCCUGAGGGCCGUUAUCAGGGAGACGGGCAGCCAGCAGCUCCUACAGAUCUGGGACCGUCACGGCCUCAGGAAGUGCCUCAACCUGUCUGCCCUCAACAUCCACGGCAGAGUGUACGACGACACCCAGUUCGGCUGCCUGCGCUGGUCGGAGUGUGAGAGCAAGCUGCUGUACGUGGCUGAGAGCAGCAGGAGCGCGUCAGCAGAAACCCGUCCUGGAGAGUCCGCGAGUAGAAAGGACAGGAGUGUGUAUUGUGAGGACUGGGGGGAGGCUCUGACCGGUAAGAGUGUCCCAGCGCUCUGUGUGGUGGAUCUGCAUGGCGGUGCAGUCGGUGUGCUGCAGGGCGUCCCGCCGGACGUCUCACCUGGACAGGCUCUUUGGGCUCCCGGCACUCAGUCUGUGUUUUUCGUGGGUUGGUACCACGAGCCUUUCAGACUUGGGCUGAAGUUCUGCUCCAACCGCAGGUCGGCUUUAUUCAGACUCGGCCUGGAUGGACACUGCGAAUGUAUAUCAGGGGACAACCUUUCAGUGUCCUGUCCCAGGCUGAGUCCGGAUGGAUCCACGUUGAUCUACCUGCAGGGUAGGGUGUUUGGGCCUCACAACCAGUGCCACAGUGUGCAGCAGUUAGACCUGAAGACUUGGAAAAUCUCAACCAUGCUGGAUGUUGUCAGCAGACCUCAGGCUGGGGAGUUCGCAGGAGUGUAUGAAGCUCUGCCAUCCCACUGCUGGUCUGCGGAUGGCCAGAAGGUUGUGUUUAGCAGCGCCAUUAGAAACUGCAAGGAUGUCUUUAUGGUGGACAGAAGAACAAAGAAAGUCACUUCCCUCUCUGAUAAACAUCAGAGAGAGCUGGAAGACCUUUCCGAUCUUUCUAAGGUUUACGGCUGCUGGAAGCUACUGACGGUCCAGAGAGACCUGAUGGUCGUCUGCUGCUCCAGCCCCAACUCGCCUCCCAUGCUGAGGGUGGGAUUCCUCCCAUCAGCGGGUGAGACUGUGAACUGGAGAACUCUGCAGCAGCCCAUCAUGACAUUUGAUUACCUCUGGACAUCUCUAGAUGUUACACCUCCAUCAGAAGAGGACAACCAGUGUUACCCUGGUUUAGACUUUGGGGCCGUCUUGGUCAAACCGUCUCGUGUCGUCUGUGAAACCAGAACACCUCUCGUCGUCUUCAUCCACGGUGGUCCUCACUCCCAGUUCCCUGCGGAGUGGAACAGCACCACUGCUGGACUGGUUGAACUGGGCUUUGCUGUACUUAUGGUGAACUAUCGGGGGUCCACAGGGUUUGGCCAGGACAACAUUAUGUCCCUGAUUGGUCAGAUUGGGAGUCAGGAUGUAAAAGAUGUACAGCGGGCUGUAAUGACUGCGCUGCAGAGUGACAAAACCCUUGAUCCCAAACGCUUGGCUGUGAUUGGCGGUUCCCAUGGUGGCUUCCUGUCCUGUCAUCUGAUUGGUCAGUACCCGGACUUCUACAGAGCAUGUGCAGCCAGGAAUCCGGUCAUCAACGCUGCUACGCUACUGGGGACCAGUGACAUUGUGGACUGGCGAUACACAAGUGCAGGUUUUCAGUUCUCAUACGACAACGUUCCUACUGCUGAAACUCUGGCUGCCAUGUUACAGAAGUCCCCCAUCACACAUGCAGCAGUGAUCAAAGCUCCAGUGCUGCUGAUGUUGGGUGGGAAGGACAGACGAGUUUCUCCUCAUCAGGGUCUAGAGCUCUACAAAGUACUGAAGAGCAGAGGUUCACCUGUCAGGCUGUUGUGGUUUCCAGAAGAAGGCCACUCUCUGUCCAGGGUGGACACUCAGGUCGACUGCUUCCUCAACACCGUGCUGUGGCUGAGACAACACCUCUGAGCAAAUCCUCGCAGACAAACACUGUGACAAGCCUGUUUUGGUUCCUCCGAAUGCAGCCAGAUUUAUAACACAACUCGUUUGUAAUGAAACCAAAACCUUCCUUUGUAUUAAAAUAAAUCCUAAUUUUGUAAAAUGUAUUUGAAACAAAAGCAUGCAAUAAACACCUCAUGAUGUGCAGAUCUAAUAA